AUGGGCCCCAGAGCUUCGUGGGCUUGGAGUAGCAUUCUGGAGGGAAGAAAUUUAUUAACUGAUCAUGCUUUCUGGCAAGUACUCAAUGGGGAGUCCAUUAGUACUUGGAAAGAUAAAUGGAUUCCAGGGAUUUUAGGUGGGAGAUUGCGUGCUGCUCAUCUGUAUGCUUCUGAGUUUGAUCCUUUUCAGAGGGUUGCAGACCUGGUUGAUUGGUCUUCAACUUCUUGGAAUCUGGAUUCCUUUGCUCAGCAUUUGACACAUGCUGAGGUCGUUGCUAUUGAGUCCAUCCCAUUGUCCUCUACUUGGGAACCUGAUAAGUUAGUCUGGCCUUUUGAGAAAUGUGGUUCUUAUUCAGUCAGGUAUGGGUAUCAUGUGCAGCAUGGAGGGAGAAGUAAGGCAUCAUUGCAAUCAGCUCACUCUUCACAUAUUGUUGAUCCUAUAGUUUGGAAACAAUUGUGGAACGUUUCUUCUACCCCUAAAGUCAAGCAUUUCCUUUGGAGGGCUUGUACUAAUGCACUUCCAACUAUGGCUAAUCUCUUUAUUAAAAAGGUGACCCCCUCUCCUCUUUGUCCGUUUUGUUUGGAUCAUAUGGAAACUAUUGAGCAUUUGUUACUUCAAUGUCCUUGGACCAUAGGAGUGUGGUUUGGUUUGCCUGUUAAUUACAAGGUGGAUCUAGCAGCUAUUACUACUUUUGAUGCUUGGUUUUCUGGUGUUUGUGAGAUGAUGAAAGUUGUUCAUAAAAGCAAAACGGUUCUCUCUUGUUGGAUUUCCUUUGCUCUCUGGAUCAUCUGGAAGGAAAGGUGCGCAGCUGUUUAUGAUCACCGAGAACCUAGUCCUUGGGGGGUAAUUGCUCAAAUCAAAGCUGCUGUUUCAGAAUAUUGUGGCCUGCUUGUCUCUGGUUCAUCAAAUGUCUGUGGAUCAAUCCGAAGUUCUUCUAUCGAGAGUCUGAAGUGGUAUGCUCCUUUGUUUCCUACUGUAAAGCUGAAUUGUGAUGGGGCUUGGAAUUCAACAACCAAUAGAGCUGGGAUUGGAUGCAUUAUCAGAGAUUUUACUGGUACAAUUAUUAAUGGGAGAGUUAAAACCUGCUUGGCAAACUCUGCUUUGCAUGCGGAAGCUAUUGCUGUCUUAGAGGGAUUGACUUCAGCUAGAAAUCUGGAUUUCCCUUUGGUAAGUGUUGAAAUGGAUUCUGAACAAUUGUUUUCGGCAAUUGUUUCGAAGCCUUACACAAAUUUAUGGCAUAUCUAUCCUCUUUUGAGAGACAUUAGGAAGAUUAAGAUUGAGAUGCCUCUGUAG